AUGGGUCACUUUGCUCGAGAUUGUCGAUUCAAGUGGAGAAUGGCUCAAGGAAAUAUAGCGAUAUCCUACAACCAAGAAGAUGACAGCGAAGGAGAAUGGGUUGUUGAAUCAUCUCUUGCUGUGACAAAGCUAGUUGAAGAAGCAAAAAAGGAGGAAGCAAUGCUACUAGUCUUAAAGGAAGAUGAAGAGAAAAUGCCUAAGAGCAUGGGGGACUACACUGAAUUUGAGUUUAUCCAAGGAAUUGUUGAAGAGAUUGCAAAUUCUAAAUUAAACCGGAUGCCAUUAUUUGUUGCUAAAUACCCAAUUGGAAUAAAUUCUCGCGUAGAGGCCAUAAAAUUGCUUUUAGAUAUUGAGUCAAAUGAUGUUCGUAUGGUAGGUAUCUAUGGCCUUGGUGGAAUCGGUAAAACUACAAUCAUAAAAGCUGUUUACAACAGAAUUUUUAAUUACUUUGAAGGGAGAAGUUUUCUAGAGAAUGUUAGAGAGAGGUCAGAGACAAACGAAGGCAUAAUCCAACUACAAGAGACACUUCUUUUUGAGAUCUUAGGAGAUAGGAGCUUGAAGGUGUGUAGCCUAUCUAGAGGAACCAACAUGAUAAAUGAAAUUCUUUGUCACAAGAGGGUUCUUAUAAUUCUUGAUGAUGUGGAUAAAUUGGACCAGAUAGAAAAAUUGCUUGGAAAAUGUGAUUGGUUUGCUUCUGGAAGUAGAAUAAUUAUAACAACAAGAGAUAAACACUUACUAGCUCAUCUUGGAAAUGGUCUUUUAACUUAUGAGGUUCAAGAAUUAGAUGAAUGUGAAGCUACUGAACUCUUGAGUGAGCAUGCCUUCAGAAGAAACAAACCCAGUGAUGAUUAUUUGGAACUUGUAAAUGAAGUUAUACGCUACGCCAAAGGCCUUCCACUAGCUCUAGUAGUAAUGGGUGCUGAUUUGUAUGGAAGAACUACACUUGAAUGGAAAAGUGCUUUAGAUAAGUACAGAAAAAUACCUAAUAGAGAUAUUCAAAAAAUACUAAAAAUAAGUUAUGAGGGAUUAGAAGAUACUGAACAAAAUAUUUUUCUUGAUAUUGCAUGUUUCUUCAAGGGACGUUACAUGGAUUAUGUUGUGGAUAUACUAGAAGCUUGUGAUUUAUACCCAUUAUACGGUAUUCCAAAACUUAUUGAUAAGUGUCUCAUGAUGGUUGAUCAAUAUAAAUGUUUGAUGAUGCAUGACUUGGUACAAAAAAUGGGUAGGGAAAUCGUUCGACAAGAGUCACCUCAAAAUCCUGGAGAACGUAGCAGAGUGUGGCGUUAUAAGGAUGCUCUUGACAUGCUGACUGAAAAUACGGGGUCAGAUAAAAUUCAAGGCAUAAUGUUGUACUUGCCCACACCAACAAAGGUGAAGUUAGAGGUGCAAUUUUUCAAGAUGAAAAAUCUCAGAUUGCUUAUGAUUGAUAAUGUACAUAGUUGUGGGCACCUUAAAUAUCUUCCCAAUGGACUAAGGUUACUUGUUUGCAGUAACUGUAUAUUAUCUUCAUUGCCAUCCAAUUUUUGUCCUAAAAAAUUGGUUGUACUCAAUGCGUCUGGUAGCCGAUUAGAGAAACCAUUCAUGCAGAUUUUUCCGUGUAAAACCUUGACAUAUGUGGAUUUUAGUUGGUGUGAACUCAUUAGGAAAAUACCUGACUUAUCAAUGACCCCAAACAUAAAGGAAUUGAACCUUAGUUAUUGUAGAAAUUUAGUUGAGGUUUAUGACUCUGUUGGGUGUCUUGCUAAGCUUGAAGAAUGGGUCCUCCAUGAUUGCACUAAACUUGAAAUUCUUCCCAGCUGUCUCAUGAUGAAAUCUCUUAUAUCUUUUGAUCUUUCACUUUGCUCAAGCCUUAAGAAGUUCCCCAAUAUCUCGCAAGAAAUGAAAAGUUUAAAGCAAUUAUUAUUGGACGGGACUAGUAUCAGUGAGUUGCCUCCAUCAUUUGGGAAUCUCACUGGGCUUACUAACAUAUUCCUCGGAAGCAAUUUGGUACAUCUUGCAGUUCCAGAUAGCAUCUAUAAAUUACAACAUAUUGUGGGUCUCACUCUUGAGAACGAUGUCAUGUUUCCAAAGGAUGUGGUGUUUGACAGAGAACCACAGUGCAAAUCUUAUGAGGGCUUUCCCAAUGCCUUUCCGCGCUUGAAUUAUCUGUCUAUUCAAUUCUUCCAAAUUCGUUCAGAAAUAGAUUUUAUUUUGAAUUCUUGUUGUCCCCUCACAUUGGAGAAGUUAGACAUAUGCUUUAGCAAUGUUGUUACCCUUCCAGAAAGGAUUAGCAGAUUUAAAAGAUUACACACACUUGAUACUCAUGAUUGCAAUGAACUUCGGGAAAUUCCAAGACUUCCACAAAGUAUAAGAACAGUAGAUGCAUCAAACUGUAGCUCGUUGGAUUCAUCAUCAUCUAGCAAAUUACUUCUUCAGUUUGCAGAAAUUAUAAAGCUUCCACCAAAUAUACCAACAUGUUUUAGUUUGAGAAGCCACUACAUGUUAAUGGGUGCACAGUCAUCUAGUAGAAUAUCCCCUGUGAAUGAUAUCACCCAUACUGAAUAUCAGAUUACAAUACCAGGAAAUGAGAUUCCAAUUUGGUUCAACCAUCAAUGUAUGGGAAAUUACAUAUCAUUUUGGAUUGGUCCGGAAAUUCCAAAAUUUGCUCUCUGUGUUGCCUUCGGAAUGGAGAAUGCUUAUUGCGAUUUUUAUUAUCAAGUCGAUAUGUCCAUCAAUGGUAGUCAACGAAUGUUUGAAAGAACGAGCUACAUGGGACAGCUGUCAGAUUGUCUACGUUUUUCCUGUAGACCUCAGAGCUUUUUGCAGGAGCAAUUUCAGGACUUGAAUCUAGGUUAUUGGAAUCAUGUUGAACUUUUCUGUGAAACCUCUCUUUCUUCUCUUUAUCCCCAAGAAUUUCCUCCGAUGAUUAAAAGAAUAGGGGUCCAUGUAGAAUGCAUUUGUCGUCAUCCUCAAAAUCCCGGUAUCUUCCAAUUCAACUAUGAUGGGUUCCAACCCCGAGGCCAUCCCAAGUGUCAAUGUCACUCUCCCAAAAUCAUCCCAAGUGCUAUGGAUGGUGGUGAAUCAUCCUCCGUCCUUCAUAACACUUUUUACGAUAUUGACUGUCUAGAAGCUUUGGGGUUUUCAGUGGAGGAGAUAAGUGAGCUUUACUCAAGUUUGAUGGGCUUUCAGAGUGAUGACUGUGAUCUGGAGGAGAUAAGUGAGUCAUCAAUUGCAGAUCCGUUGAACCCAUUGCAAAUAAUGUUUCAGAUGCUACAUAACGUCAACCCCUUUAGUCUCCCAUGGUGA